UUCCAUGAAUCAAAACAUGAGCAUGAGGGGUCAUCUGUGACUGUUCCUCGUACACAGAGUGUAUACAAAAAGUUAUGUUUCAUGUCUUGGAAAGAGGUUGAUCUUCACAUAUAAGUCAUGAGAAGGUUAGAGGCCCCCAUAGCCAAAAAGCAGUUUUAGCAUGGACAUCACCAUUCAAGGCAUCUUUCACUUUAACGUAGUCAGGCUAGCUCCAUGGUGGCAGUGGGGAUCACCUUGGCAGCAGCUGGAUUUGUAGGUCGCUAUGCCAUGCAAGCCAUGAAACACAUGGAACCCCAAAUGAAGCAGGCUAUGAAGAGUUUUCCAAAAUCGGCUUUUGGUGGGGGAUACUACAGAGGUGGAUUUGAUCCAAAAAUGAACAAGAGAGAGGCUUCGCUCAUUCUAGGAGUCAGUCCCACAGCUAACAAAGCCAAGAUCAGAGAAGCCCAUAGAAAACUGAUGAUUCUAAAUCACCCUGAUAGAGGUGGAUCACCAUACCUUGCAGCUAAAAUAAAUGAAGCUAAGGAUUUACUUGAUGGACAACUAAAGAAAUAGUUCACAUUUGUUUCACUUGGUGGGGGGGACAGUGGUAUUUCAUACAGUGUAAAAAUAAAAUUAAAAGAUUAAACCCUAAUCUCAAAA